UGACAGAGAAAGUUCUGCUCAUGUAGCGAGUGCAUUGGGAAGCCUGUCAGUUUGUUUGUGAGCGCAGGGCAGAACAAGAGCUAGAUGGAUCCGAGAGUUUGCUUGCAACAGCACCUUCAGACACCAGGACACCAGCUCUCGUCUCCUCAACAAACGGCUUUCUGAACACAUACACAGCCACACAUACACACACACACACACACACACACACACACACAGGUGUGUUUGGCUGAUAUCUGGGUGAAAAGAGGAACUGGGCAUCUUUUUUGUGCACUAGCUGGGAUAUUUGCAGGGAAAAUCCAAGAAACAGACUCAUCCUGUGUCAUGUGUGUGUGAUGCGCGUGUAAACAGGACUCGACAUGCGUCCUCACAGGCUGACUUUGCUGCUCUGCUUUGGCUUUGCCCUCUGCCUCUGUCUAGCUGUCGCUCAGCCUUCUUCAUCUGACCAGCGCUCCACAGUCGUCCGCGGGGGUUCGGAGCGGAUCAAAGUGCUCUUCACCCCCACCAUCUGCAGGCUGCGCUGCACGCAGGGACGCUGCACCAACUACUGUGAGCGCGGAAAUGUCACCACUAUCUACAACAGUGAGCAGGGAGGACAGACGCCGCCUGGAUCCGGCUUCAGAGUGUUCGUGUGUCCGAUGUUGUGUAAGAACGGAGGAGUGUGCAUACAGAAGGAUCAGUGUCUCUGCCCGCCCAACUUUACCGGGAAGUUCUGUCACAUCCCCGUCCACGCUGCCGCCUCCAGCACCAAUGACAUUGAGAAACCACCGGCAAGUGCUGUGGAUUCAGCCAAUCAGCCGAUGACGUCUGAGUACAUACUGCCUCUGCAGACGCCUGAGCAGAUCAACACCAAUGCCUCCCCCAUGGUGAAGGUGCGAGUCCAGCACCCUCCAGAGGCCAGUGUGAAAAUCCACCAGGUGCUGAAGGUGGGUUACGGCCCCACAGUGCACGAGCACUCGGAAACGGUCACCUGGUCCGCAGGGCUUUCGGGUGCCCAUCGUCGCCAGCUGCCGGGAGAGAGAGCGGAGGCGCCACCACCACGGAUACAAGCCCAGACCAUACGCGGGGAUUCAGUCUACACGGAGUCAUCCAGCUUCAAAUACUGCUUCAGAGAAGUCAGCAAUGGACAGUGCAGUUCUCCUUUACCUGGUCUGCGCAGUCAAGAGAUGUGCUGCAGGGGUGUUGGGAAGGCCUGGGGCAUCAACGAGUGCACGCUCUGCCCAGUGCUCUUAGGAAACACUGUUAAUGGACAGGGGAACUGCCCGAAAGGCUUCGAGAGGGUCAACGGGACGCAGUGUGUGGAUAUUAACGAGUGUUUGCAGCCGGGUUUCUGUGAAAACGGGAACUGUGUAAACACCCGAGGGAGCUACAGUUGUAUCUGCAAAGAGGGCUACUUAUUGGACGCCUCUCAUGGGAUCUGCAUCUCGCAGAAGGUGAUCUCACAGGAGAAGGACCAGUGUUUCCGUAUCCUGAACCAGGGCUCCUGCUCUCUUCCCAUCCUGAGGAACAUCACCAAACAGAUCUGCUGCUGCAGUCGAGUGGGGAAAGCCUGGGGGAAGAAGUGUGAGUUAUGCCCUUUCUUUGGCUCAGCUGCCUUCAAAGAGAUCUGUCCUGCUGGACCGGGCUACCAUUAUUCGGCUUCGGCUGUCAAGUUUAACCAAAGACUAGUUGAUAUGCUUGACACCGGCGGGCCGCCCUUGGUCUCCGAAAAUGGCCGCACAUCCACACAAGUCGUAGUAUCCCAACCUGAAAGCUCCAGGACGCACUCAACAAGCUCUAGAAACCAACAACCGACCAACACGCAAACCAUCAGAGUCCAACAACCUUCGAUCUCUCUUUCUACAAGACCACAGCAGCCUGACGCCAAUCCACAGACUGGUUCGGUUAUCAUUAUAACUCAACCAAAUCCAAACCUGUCAACAGGCGGCGGCUCUCAAACCACAAACGCCAGACCUCAGCAGCCUUCCAGUGUCCGUCCUGGGAGCGCCGCCACAGGAACCAACCAGCCGGUCAGAGUGAUCACGCCUGUUGUCCGGACGCAAACCAGCCGGCCCUCGGUUAACAGACAGCCAAUAUCUCCAGUCAGACCUCCGCCUGUGCCCGCUACAGCCCGACCGCUGCCAACUAGACAAGAUGCCCGAGUGUGUGAAUCGCGUCCUCAGGUGUGCGGGUCGGGUCGCUGUAUUGACCUGCCCGGCGGCAGACACACGUGUGCGUGUAACAUUGGAUAUAUACUCAAUCCUCAGCAGGGCCAUUGCCAAGACAUAAACGAGUGUCUGCUGACGCCCAGGCCGUGCUCUGUGGGACAGUGUGAGAAUACGGCGGGCAGCUUCCGCUGUGUGUGUCCAUCGGGAUACCAGACCAACUCCCAGCAGACUCUGUGUGUCGAUUUUGACGAGUGCCGUCAGGUGCCCAAUCCCUGUAUUAACGGCCGCUGUGAAAACACACUGGGCAGCUUCAGGUGUGUGUGCAGAACUGGAUACAAGCUACAGGAGAACAGCUGCAUAGACAUCGAUGAGUGUGUUGACCCGCUCCGGUGUCCGGGUCAGGAGUGUGUGAACUCUCAGGGCUCGUAUAGGUGUGUUUCCUGUAAGCCUGGCUUUGAUCUGCUCAACGGACAAUGCUCAGAUAUUGAUGAAUGUCGUCGGUCCCCGUGUCCCGACGGCCGGUGUGAAAACACACCAGGCAGCUACAGAUGCACGUGUCGAACCGGAUACAGAUUGCAGGCCAACACCUGUGUGGAUGUGAAUGAGUGUGAGGACCCGUUGCAGUGUCCCGGACAGGAGUGUAUGAACUCUCAGGGAUCGUACAGAUGUGUGUCGUGCAGACCUGGAUUUGGCUUUAAAAAUGGAGCAUGCUCAGAUAUUGACGAGUGCCGUCAGACGCCUUCUCCUUGCUCGAACGGACUGUGUGAAAACACGCUUGGCAGCUUCAGGUGUGUGUGCAGGACUGGGUACAGACUGCAGGGCGGUACCUGCACAGAUAUCGAUGAGUGUCGUCAGACUCCUGAGCUGUGUGUUAACGGCCGCUGUGAGAAUAACGUGGGAAGUUACAGCUGUUUGUGUCGCCCUGGAUUCAGACUGGAGGGAAACAUCUGCAAAGAUGUGAACGAGUGUGAAAAUGAGCUUCAGUGCCCGGGAAAAGAGUGCGUGAACUCGGUCGGUUCCUUCAAGUGUGUCUCCUGUCAGCCGGGCUUUGAGCUUCUUGAAGGACGCUGCCAAGACAUAGACGAAUGUAGUCAAAACCCGACACGCUGCACUAAUGGCCAAUGUAAAAACACUCCCGGCAGCUUCCGAUGCGUGUGCACCUUGGGCUUCCAGCUACAGGAGGGCGCUUGCAUGGACAUUGACGAGUGUUUGGACCCACUGCAGUGUCCCGGUCAGCAGUGCCUGAAUUCUCCGGGCUCGUACAAGUGCGUCCCCUGCAGAGACGGGCACAGCAUGCAGAACGGACGCUGCACAGACAUUGACGAAUGUGAGAGUCCUCACAUGUGUGGGCCGCAGAGCGCGUGUGUGAACACGGACGGGUCGUAUCGCUGCGACUGCUUACCAGGAUACAGAGCAGCUGGUCCGCGGCGCCAGUGUCGAGACAUUAACGAGUGUCUGGAAGGAGAUUUCUGCUUCCCGCGCGGAGAGUGUAUGAACACAGAAGGCUCGUUUAAGUGCGUUUGCGCGCUAGGCUACAAGAGCACCGUUAACGGGACGUCCUGCCAAGAUGUGGACGAGUGCACUCAAGAGGGAGUUUGCCAGGACGGCCGCUGCAGCAACACUGAGGGAUCGUUCCUGUGCCACUGCCAGACCGGCUUCACCACCAACCCAGAGAGAACAGCCUGCCUGGAUGUGAACGAGUGUUUGGACUCAGAGGCGGUCGUGUGUGGAUCGCAGCGCUGUGAGAACACCAUUGGCUCUUUCCGCUGUGUGGCGUCCUGCGAGCCUGGAUACCACAUCACAGCCACAGGAGAGUGUGUGGACAUCAACGAGUGUGCCAAUGAGACGGUGUGUGGACUCCACGCCUUCUGCCAGAAUCUGAUUGGCACGUAUCAGUGUUUGUGCGACCAGGGAUACGAGUCCACAGGCGAUGGACAGAUGUGUGUGGACAUAAAUGAGUGUGAGACGAUGCAGGGUGUUUGCGGAUCUGCACAAUGCUGGAAUGUUGAGGGAUCGUUCACGUGUGAGUGUGAGAAUGGACAGGAGGAAUUUGACCCGCUCACAAGGCAGUGUGUGAACAGAGAGAGCGCAGCAGGUCGACCGAGCCCGUCUGGCGGAGCUUCCUCUUCAUCAUCCGGCCGUGUUUCUGGUGGGUCCUCUGGGUCGGUGUCUGGCUCUCUGCCGCAAACUCGUCCUGGAGAAAUGAAAGAGUGUUACUACGGCGUAUCUGAGCCGUACUCGUGCAAGAUCUUGUCUCAGAACACGACGCUGCAGGAGUGCUGCUGUACGGCCGGACAGGGCUGGGGACUCCUGUGCCAAUAUGACAUCUGCCCCGAAGCUGGAACAGCCGAAUUCCAGUCGUUGUGUCCCAGCGGAAGAGGGUACGUUACCAUGGAAACGGGAGCAUUCAGCUACAAAGAUGUGGAUGAGUGUAAGCUGUUUGAUCCGGAGGUGUGUAAAGGCGGUGUGUGCGUCAACAACAUUCCCGGCUAUGCCUGUUACUGUCCCAGCGGAUUCUACUACGACACGGAUCUGCUGGAGUGCAUCGAUAAUGAUGAAUGUCACAGUGAGGAUACCUGUACUGGUGGCUUGUGUGUAAAUACACUGGGAGCGUUUUACUGUACGUGUGAGGCUCCUCUAGUGUUGGAUGACACACAGCGCAACUGCGUCAAUACAAGUGAACUCACUGAGGAUGAGAACUUAAACUUCUGUUGGCGUCACGUCACGGCUAGUCUGGUGUGUCAGAGUCCUUUGUUAGGAACUCAUCUGACCUUUACUGAGUGCUGUUGUAUGUUUGGUGAGGCUUGGGGUCUGCAGUGUGCCCUCUGCCCCCGCAGAGAUGAAGAGGCCUAUGAGGCUCUGUGUAAUGAGCUGGGUCCUCCUCCUUACUCUCCUCGUUAUUAUGAGCGCUUCAGCCCGGGGCUUGUACCUGGGAGAGGAGGAUACCUCCCACCUUACGGCCCCCCUGUGUACUCUGAAUCCCAGCCGGGACGCCCAGACUACAUGCCAACUGAUUAUGAUGACUACAGCUCUGUGGGAGCAGGUGGAAGGAGGUCAGGGCUGAGAGAAAGACCGCCAAGUUCAUACGGGCUCCCAGACGCCCCCUACAGGCAGCCAGCCACAGGGGGAAGUCGUUACUACGAGGAGGACGAUUAUGAAACGGCUCCCGGCCCUCCCUUCGGUAUCCCGGAUCCUCGCGGUGAGCGGACGUUUGAUGCACGACCCCUGCCGCCACGUCCAGACGGGCUUCCGCUGAGUUUGGCCCCCCUUCCGGAAAACUCCCCGUACAGCGAGGGUGAGGAAGGGGAGACAUGGAGAGCCCCGCCCCCCUUCCCAAUGUUUCCUGACAGACAGGAGGGACCACGAAGAGUCUAUGAGCGGAGAUACGAAUCAUACGGGAGUCUGAGUUCAGAGGAGUGUGGCAUUGUCCAUGGUUGUGAAAAUGGCCGCUGUAUCCGCGUCGAGGAAGGUUACACCUGCGACUGUUACGACGGCUAUCAGCUCGACAUCACUACCAUGACGUGCAUAGAUGUGGAUGAGUGUGAAGAGGAAGACACACUCGACUGCAUCAACGCUCGCUGUGUGAACACGGAGGGCUCGUACAGGUGUGUGUGUCUCAGGGGUUUCAUCAUGUCCCGAAGACCCAACCACUGCAUCCAUGCUUGAUCAAAGUGUAAAAGCUGGACUCCAACAAUUUAGAGACUUAGAGACUUUUUCCGCCACAUUGCUGUAAAUUGUUUAUUUUAUGACUUUAUUUACAAUACUUGUGUGCCUAUCCAAAAGUCUAAUGCUGAAGCUUUACACACUACACACACACACACAAGACUAAAUGAUGUUGUACUAAAAAGAAAAACGAUAUGUUUAAUGUACAUGAUCUUUUUCAUUGUUUGGACUCAAUGAAACGCAGGCCAGAUGAGCUUGAAUGUCUGUCAUAAAGAUCCACGAAAUCACAUAAACUAGAGCUUUUUUACUCAGAGUUCAUAUUUAUAUAUCCAUACCAAUGAAGGCAACUCCAUGUAUACUAUAUAUAAAUAUAUUUACAUGAAUCAUUUUUUUGUCAUAUAACUGUCUGAGAAUCUCACCAUGUUAUUAUUUGAUACUGUAAAAUCUCUUUUUCUGUUUUCUUUCGUCUGUCACAUAACAAAAUGCACUGUAUUUGUGGGGGAAAUGCAGUUCUGUGAGUUUUUACACAACUGCUAUUGUACAGUUUUAAGACAUCUCAGAUGUUUGUUACAUAUUUUUAUAUGUACGUUUUUGAUAUCUUCUCUGACGAAGCUGUUUGAAAAUAUAUUUGCACACAUUCCGA